AUGGACAAUAAACUUACUGCUAUAUGCGAUCCUUAUCUUAGAUUUCCAAAACUUAUUGGAGAAAUGACGGACACAUACCUUGAUAUGGUUGAGACAUACUUUGAGGAUUACAUUGCGUCUGACGCAUCUAAGGCUAGGACCUUAUUAGGUAACUUAUCAAUUGACAUUUAUGAAAAAAUCACAUCCGUGUGUUCAAAGGCACAGUUAAAAGAUUAUAAAGUUAUUUUUAAUAAACUCAAGUUAUUAAUUCCGAGGGAAGAUAUAAAUUUAUGUAUAAAAAAUUUUAACUUAGCGGUACAACGUGGUGACGAGUCUUUUUACACAUUUUUCUAUAGAAUACAUAAAUUACAUAAGAAGUGCAAUUUCAUAGAUGACAGUAGAAUUAAGGAUAAAUUGAUAACGUCUACUUUAAACGAUCAUAUCAGAAGGAAGCUGAAUAAGCAUAAGGACUGGACUGUAGAUGAUAUGAUGAAAUUAGGAGUUGAGUUAGAUGGUAGUAAUAUUAAACCAGACGUUAGCGAUACAAAUUAUGUAGACAAUGAUAAAAAAUUGGAUAAAAAUAAAAAAAAUUUAAAUUCAAAUAUUGAUAAAAUACCAUGCAAAAGUACUUUUAGUAAUAAUGAGAAUAAUUCUAAUGAUUAUGAACGUAAUAAUUUUAGAGAAAAUAAUUUUAAUUAUAAUGGAUGUAACACUCGUAAGGAAAAUUUUGAUUUUAAGAAGAGGAAUUAUAAUGAUUUUAGGCCUAAUGAUAAUGCUAGCCGAAACUAUCAAAACAAUAAUUUUCGAGACAGUGAGGGUAACUCUAGAAAUUUUCGUAAUAACCAAUCUUCGAAUAACAAUUCAAACUAUUACGGAAGAAACUCCAUGUGGCACAAUAAAAAUAAUGCAAACAAUUAUGAUAUAAACAAUGCCUGGCAAAACAACAACAAUUCAAACUAUAACGGAAGAGACUUCAGGUGGCACGAUAAUAGCAAUUCAAACAAUUAUGAUAGAAAUAAUGCCUGGCAUAACAAUAAUAGAGAUGAUGGAAACAAUACAUGGAAAAACUAUAAUCUAAGAAAACAAAUACAAUAUCAUGAUCAGAGCCAAAGUAAUAGCAACAAUUGCAAUAUGAAUAUUGAAGAGAUUGUGGAAAAUGAAAAUGAUGUUACACAAAAAUGA